AUGAGUUUUUCGGAACUUCUGGACCGCAUUGGUGGCAUGGGACGCUUCCAAGUCAUGCAUGUGGCAUUCCUGGCCAUCCCGCUCUUAAUGCUGGCCAGCCAUAACCUCCUACAGAACUUCACUGCUGGGAUUCCAGAGCAUCACUGUCAAGUGCGCAUCAUGGCCAACUACACCCAUCAUGCCAAUCUCACAGCCAGCCUAAAUGCUGAAGAGCUGCUCCGGGUCUCCAUUCCCAUGGACAGGAGCCAGAAGCCAGAGACGUGCCAGCGGUUUGUCACCACUCAGUGGCAGCUCCUAAACCCAAAUGCGACAAGCACCCACACCACAGAGCUGGAUACUGAGCCAUGUGUAGACGGGUGGACCUAUGAUAAGCGCCUGUUCACUGACACCAUUAUAACUGAGUGGGAUUUGGUGUGUGAGUCCAGGACACUCCGGCAAAUGGCGCAGUCGCUCUACAUGGCUGGUGUGCUGGUGGGGUCAGCUGUGUUUGGACACCUCGCGGACAGGUUUGGCCGGAAAGCCCUCCUGAUCUGGUGCUACCUGCAAAUGGCAGUAACAGGCAUCUGUGCUGCUUUCUCCCCCAACUUCACCACGUACUGCAUCUUCCGCUUCCUCACCGGCCUGGCCAUUUCUGGGAUCUCGGUCAAUUCUAUCUCGCUGUGCAUAGAGUGGAUCCCCACCAACGUUCGGGCCAUCGUGGGCACCAUCAAUGGAUACUCCUACACUACUGGGCAAUUCAUUCUGGCUGGAGUGGCCUACGCUAUCCCAGAUUGGCGCUGGCUACAGCUCACCGUCUCCCUGCCUUUCUUUGUCUUCUUUCUUUACUCCUGGUUGUUUGUAGAGUCUGCCCGCUGGCUGGUGAUAUCAGGAAAACCAGAACAGGCAGUGAAAAGGCUGAGAAAGGUUGCCAGGAUCAAUGGGAAAAUGGAAGAAGGAGACAAACUCAGCACUGAGGUCUUGAAAUCCAACAUGCAGAAGGAACUGUCCUCAGCCAAAUCUAGCCAUACCAUCACGGACCUGGUACGCACACCCACCAUGCGCAAAAUCUCCUGCGGAGUCUCCUGCAUAUGGUUCUCCACCAGCUUUUCCUAUUACGGCUUGGCCAUGGACCUGCAGAACUUCAAUGUCAAUGUCUACUUGACCCAGCUGAUCUUUGGAGCAGUUGAUUUUCCAGCCAAGUUCAUCUCAGUCCUCACCAUCAUUUUCAUUGGACGCCGUUUCUCCCAGGCCUUUUCCUUGGUCCUAGCUGGACUGUGCAUCCUAGCUAAUAUUUUUGUGCCCCAAGAACUGCAGACCCUGCGCAUGGUCUUCGCUGUGAUCGGAAAAGGCUCCCUGGCUGCAUCAUUUAACUGUGCCUAUAUAUUUUCUGGAGAGCUCUUCCCAACGGUGAUCAGGCAGACGGGGCUGGGACUUGGCGGCACCAUGGCUCGGGCUGGUAGCAUGAUGGCUCCACUUGUUCGGCUGACUGGUGAAUUCUUCCCAUCCCUGCCCCUGAUUAUCUAUGGAGCUGCCCCUAUUGUCUCCGGCAUCGCAACCUGCCUACUGCCAGAGACACACAACGUGCCAUUGCCUGAGACCAUAGAUGAAGUGGAAAGACAGUCAAGACAUACGCUCAAGGAUGAACUACAAAUGAAUGUCCUCCUACAGUCCACAUAG